AUGAGAUUCACAGGAUGGGAAAGAGUGUUCCCAAAUCUAUCCUGGCAAGCCUUUCACUCUUGGAAGGCGUUGGGAUGGUACCGGCUGGCAAACGCCUUAGCGAGGACCCCUUGCUGCUUGAGAGCAUCAAGUCUUGGACAGCCGAGCUGGAAGUCGAUCAGGCUGCCUGUUUCAGUCGUGCUAAUAUGCGAGCUGGUGGUUUGCAGGCCUUUGUACCCACCUGGGUUGCGAUUCAUGGCUUUCAUUUUGCUGGUCAUGGUAUGGGCAAGCCUGCGCGCAGAUGAUAUGCAAAACGUCAAUCCAGCCAGUGUGAAGCUGAGCCAGGUCGGACUGAGGUUCAUCCUUAGGAAGACGAAGACGAGUGGACCUGGGCGCAAGGUUGGUGAGCUGCAUGGGUUCAUUUCUCGGGUCGUGGGACUCAGUGGCUUUGACUGGCUCGGGGAAGGUUUCAAGCUGCUGACUUCUGAACGAUUUUCAUGGGCGCGAGAUUUUCUAUGCCCUUGCUUUACAAAUGAGUCGGAUGAGCCAAAGAGAGAAUACAUGGACGCGGAGGGCCUCGCCUUGCAGUUGAGGCGUUUGCUGAAAGAGUUGCCUACACCGGUGAGGCAAAUGGGAACCUGGAAGGUGAAACGAGAGCUGCUGCUGCCUGGCGACGUCGCAAACUUUUGGACAGGGCACAGUCCUCGUCACUUCGUGGUGAGCAUUGCAGCCGCCAUCGGGAUAUCAAAGGACCGGCGUGACUAUCUGGGGCGAUGGGCGUGUGCUCAACAUGGGUCACAGGAUUACGUCCUCACUUCGCGUCAGGUGGUCCAGGCGAUCCAGACCACUGUUUGCAAGACACUGCUAUUGGGGGGCGAUGGAGGCGGUUACAUUGAGGAGGAGCUGCUUUGCACUUUAAGGAGUUUUGCUGAUGACCUUGGAUUGAAUGGCGAGGAGAUCGUCGGCGCAAAUACGGUGAUGCAAUGGGAUGGACACAAACAGACCUGGUUGCUGGGGGGACAAUAUCCUGCUUUUGCGGUGAACCCGGAGAGGGUUCCGAUUGCCGAAGGGGAGCUCGAGGCGAAGCUCCCUGGAGAAUAUGAGGCUUUUGAAGCAGAGCCGGACGAGGACGAGGCGCCGUACUUCUUGACUGUCUCUCGGAGAGGGUUCAGACGUUUGCAUCUUUCCAAGCGUUGUGCAGUCCGGAGAGAGAGGUGCCUCGAGACCAUUCCAGUUUUCCACCUUGGAGAGGGCAUUGCUGAUGCGAUGUGUAAGCUGUGCAAGCCGCGGGUGGAGAUAGGCGAAGAGUCUUCAACUAGUGGCUCGGAGGACACUGUUGAGGGUGAGCAGGAGGCUCUUGAGCCAGAGCCUUUCGGUGGAGGCCUUGGGCUCGGGCCCUUGGCUGGAGGCUUGGGGCAUGAUCAGGAUCUCUGA